CUGUUUCGCGCCAAAUUGGGCUCUGCGCAUGACCCCUAUUUGUCUCUUUCCCGAUCAACAGAGAUGGCGAACAACUCAGACUGUCACAGAGUCAAUGGCCGAAAUGGCGAUGUACCUGCCAAAAGACAACGAAUAAUGGAGACAGGGAAGAUCACAGUUGUCUUGGGGACCCAGUGGGGCGACGAGGGUAAAGGCAAGGUCGUGGAUCUGCUGGCAGCUGACGCGGAUGUUGUGUGUCGAUGUCAGGGCGGGAACAACGCAGGACACUCAGUUGUUGUAGAUGGGAAAGAAUUCGCGUUCCAUCUACUGCCCAGUGGAAUCGUCAAUCCAGAAUGCAAGGCUCUCAUUGGAAAUGGCGUGGUUAUACAUCUACCAAAUCUUUUUGACGAGAUUGCCAAAAAUGAAAAACAUGGUCUCCCUGAUUGGAAAGGGAGACUACUCAUCUCGAACAGGGCUCACUUGGUUUUUGACCUGCACCAAAAAGUGGAUGGGAUGCAAGAAUCAGGUCGUGGUACGAAAUUGAUUGGAACAACAAAGAAAGGAAUAGGUCCGGCUUAUUCCUCCAAAGCCACAAGGAAUGGACUCCGCGUGUGUGACUUGAUGGGAGACUUUGAAACCUUCUCAGAAAAAUUCCAUAAUCUUGUGGAGCAUCAUAAGCGCCUCUGUCCCGACCUUGAUGUGGACGCUGAUGCAGAGUUAAGCAAGUAUAAAGAGCUACGGGAGAGGAUUCGACCAAUGGUCACUGACACGAUCUACUAUUUAAACAAAUGCCUGAAGGAGGGAAAGAACGUGUUAAUAGAAGGAGCUCAGUCCACCAUUCUGGAUAUAGACUUUGGGUUGUACCCUGUCGUCAAGGCUUACCUCACCUCACCCGAGGUAGGCACAGGAGGCUUCCCAGAGCUCAAGGAGGAAAAAGGGAAAUUGUUGUUGGACCGAGGCCACGAGUAUGGCGUGACGACUGGACGACCACGUCGGUGUGGAUGGCUGGACGCUGUCAUGCUGCGGUACUCCAGCAUCAUCAACGGCUUCACAGCAUUUGCAGUUACAAAGUUAGACAUCCUGGAUGUGUUUGAUGAGAUAAAGAUUGGCAUUGCAUAUUACAUUGACGGAAAGAAGCUGGACACGUUUCCAGCAUCUGAUGAGGAUCUACUGAAAGUUGAGGUGGAGUACGUCACUCUACCAGGGUGGAAGUGCAACACGGAAAAUGUUCGCACACUUGCAGACCUCCCCAAGAACGCCCUCAAUUAUGUCCGCAAGAUUGAAGCGCUUGUUGAUAUACCAGUUUGGUGGAUUGGCGUGGGCAAAGAUCGAGAGUCCAUCAUUGAGCUCCAAGGACAAUGAUGUCUGCAGUGUGUACAUAUCUGAAUCGUCUUUUACUGCUGACCUAGCCUGGAUGGAUGCCAUGCUCGACCUUAACCAUCUUAUAUUCGUAUGUGACGGAUGAUUUGAUUUGUUGUGAACAUUAUCAUGUGCAUUUGAGAGAUAUUUUUUAGUAGAGGUCAUUAUUUUUGAGUGGGACAGUAUUGAAAGGUUUAAAUAUAUAUGUAUGGUGGAUUUAAUGAUUUUAUAUAAUAGUCCUUCACAGAUGUCUCAUAGUUUGAGAUUUACUCCUGAAUAUUCAUACUGUGGGUGGUACGUUACGGUUUUAAUCCAUUUCUGAAUGAGACAAGAGGCAUUUUCUGCAAGAAAUAACCAUGUCAAUGUAAUAUAUAAAACUAUUUCUAGUACAUACACUACUUCUCACCAUUGUUUUCUACUUUUACCACAUUUUUGUUAUGUUUUGAUGCCAUGAAAUAAAUAUAAAGUUUACGGAAGCUAUCCUGGAGCUGAAGGUGGCCUUCACACGGCAAACUAAAGCUUGACGACACAUAGUGUUAAAGUUAUAAAUGUUUUCACACGUCAAACGAAUAUUAUCUAACUUUCGUGUCAUUUGAGCACCAUGUCUCUAUUGGUGCGGUCAUGUGACAAUUCCGUUGACUGCAAUUGGUUGUUUCUGAACAACACGAGUUUGACAACACUUCACACGUCAAACUCGAGUUUGAUAACACAGAAAGUAUGAUGGAAAAGUUGGUGAGAAUAGAGACCGAUCCUAUUUUUCGACAACAGUUUGACAACUCUGAAUUUUGUGUUGGUGGAAAGUUGUUGGAAUGUUCACACUCUAAAUCUCGAGUUUUAAAACAUGUGUUAAAAUUAGCUUGCAGUGUAAAGUCCGCUUUAGCACUUCACAGCUUGUUUAUUUAGAGCACAGGUCUUGCGUCAUUCAGAAGUCUUGUUAGAAAACCUAACAUGAUUGAGCAUCU